AUGCAGCUCCUCCCGCCACUGGCGGCGCUGUCCGCCCGCGCCCUCCUCGUCUCGCUACCGAGGAGGUUUGACCCGGCGUUCGACCCACCUACCUCUGAUAGCGCCGUCUCGGCCGCCGCAGCACUUGUCCUCUUCCGCUGUCUCUGGGCUUUGGGCUCCGAAUUCGGAGGGAACAAGCGACGAAAAUCCGUGGCGGACGGGCUAGGCGUCGGGCUGGGUGUGCUUCAGACAGUGUGUUGGGCGUUGGCGACACGACAUGUCGGACCGCUGCGCGCGAGCAUGCUCGUCUUCCUUCCCUCCGCGGCCGCAAGUGCGACCACUCUCUCACCACGUCUCAUGGGCGCCGCGGCCAUCGUCGCAGGCCUCACCUUCUUUACGGCGUUUGGGAACGAGGCGGCCGCCGGCGCGCUCGCUGGGCUAGCCGCCAUCUCAGGCGUCGCGGGCAAGCUUGGCGCCAAAAGGCGACGCGAAGACGGUUGGGCCGUGCCAGUGCUGGCGGCCAUUGCGGUUGGCAGCGCCGUCAUCCUAAUCCUCUCCCCGCUCUCGCUCCCCAUGGCGCCGCUGGCCGCGACCGCCGUGCUCGCCGCCUACCUCCCCCUCCACUCCCUCACCUCGCUCUCUCUCCCGUCGCCCAGCGGCCUCGCGUUUUUGCGCUUCCACCGCGCCCUCCCCUCGUCGAUCUCAUCGCCGUCGUUCCCGCGGUAUUCUUGUCCCAGAGGCAAGCUACUUCUGGUCUGA